ACGGGCGCAUUAACACAGCAUCCAGCAUCCCUUCAGCACACCUUCAUCAUCUCACGUGGAUCUGACAAAAGCGUCCGGAGAAAAGCUGAAGAGCUGGACACAACAAACAACCGAAGCUUUGCGCUACUCGGUGGUCUUUUUUGUCUGACUUCAUGGGACGUGGUUUUAUUUCGAAGAGGGGUUAAAGACCUACAAGUCGUCGUCUGCGCGCUCGGAGACAAUGUUUUAGAGCAAACAACGGCGCGCGCGCGCUUCUCUUUACAUGAGGUCGGACUGGAGUGCCACUGGGAAGACAAGCAAGGAACUAACUUGAAAUACGAAAUUUGGGAGCUCCAGCUACUGUGUUGGAUCGGAGACGACAUCUGUGGCUUCAGCCUUCUGGGCCAUGAGUGGUUUCAAGGGCCAGGAUGUGGAAAAACAGGGCAUCAAGUUGCCAAAAAAAUGGAUUGAUCACAAUGACAAAGUCCCCACAGACCGCACGAUGGUUGUUGGGGGUGGAGGAGAUUCUUCUGGUCCCGUUGGAGCUCCGCUGAAAAAACGUCGCCAGCGAUACGUGGAGAAAGACGGCAAGUGCAACGUCCACCACGGAAAUGUGCGCGAAACGUACCGCUACCUGACGGACAUCUUCACCACGCUGGUGGAUUUAAAGUGGCGCUUCAAUCUGCUGGUCUUCACAUUGGUCUACACCACCACAUGGGUGUUUUUUGGCUUCAUCUGGUGGCUCAUAGCCUACGCCCGAGGAGAUCUGGACCACACUGAUGAUAAUGACUGGACGCCUUGUGUGAAUAACCUCAAUGGCUUCGUUUCGGCGUUUCUUUUUUCCAUCGAGACCGAAACCACCAUUGGUUAUGGGUAUCGUGUGAUAACAGACAAAUGUCCCGAGGGGAUCAUCCUGCUUCUGAUUCAGGCCAUUUUGGGCUCCAUCGUCAACGCCUUCAUGGUGGGCUGCAUGUUUGUGAAAAUCUCCCAGCCAAAGAAACGAGCCGAAACGCUCAUGUUUUCCAACACCGCUGUGAUAUCCGUGCGGGACAGCAAGUUGUGUUUGAUGUUCCGUGUCGGUGACUUGCGUAACUCGCACAUUGUGGAGGCCUCCAUUAGGGCGAAGCUUAUCCGCUCAAAACAGACGAAGGAAGGAGAGUUUAUUCCUCUCAACCAGACGGACAUCAACGUGGGCUUUGACACGGGGGACGAUCGUCUGUUCCUCGUGUCGCCGCUGAUUAUUUGCCAUGAGAUCAACAAGAACAGCCCGUUCUGGGACGUCUCUCAGGAGCAACUGGCACGGGAGGAAUUUGAGAUAGUGGUCAUCCUUGAAGGAAUGGUGGAAGCUACAGGAAUGACGUGUCAGGCGCGCAGCUCCUACCUGAGCUCUGAGGUGCUGUGGGGCGAGCGCUUCACCCCUGUGCUCUCGCUGGAGGAGGGUUUCUAUGAGGUGGAUUAUGACACCUUCCACCACACCUAUCCCGCCCCGACACCAUCCUGCUCUGCCAGAGAGCUUGCAGAACUGCUCAAGAAAGGGGAAUCCAUACCUCUGCCCCCUAUUUCACCUCCAGCGGCCCUAGCAGAGCCAGCAAGCCCUGUUGAGACGCCAGAGGAGGAGGCGAAAAAUAAAGAUGAAGAAGCAGAAGAGACUGUUAGCAAUGGUGAUGUGAACAGAAUGGAGAUCGAGGAUGAAUGAGGGGUCUGCUGCUGCCCUCGUGUGGCAGACGGAUAGAAAAGCUCACUUAAACUGAAGAAUAGUUACUAAUCGAUAGGCCUGUGGGUCUGCAUUUUGUCAUUAAAACCACACUGGUAUUAAAUGCUUUGGAGAAUAGAGCAACACUGCAUUAAGGUUUGCAAUUGUAGGUGUGAAAAUGCUUAAAGUAGCCCCUGUUAUGCUGUUUAUAAAGGUUGCUAAUAUUAUUUUGGGUAUACAUUCAUACAUGGUAGAAAAAAAAUGCUGGGUUCCACGCUAUCGAUUUUUAUUGGGACAACAUGAGGGAAGUAAGUUGUUUUUACCAAUUUAAGUAGAUUGAACAAUUAAGUUGUCCACCCCAAUUGCUUAUUUAAAAUCAGUUGUUUGAACAAACCAAGUUUAAGGGCACUUUUAUUUCAUUUAAUUACACGGCUCUCUGGAAUACUUGAUUCUGUUUGGUCAAUAACACCAUUCCUAUGUUAUUCCUAUGAUAAUAGAUGAAUUACCAACCUACAUCACUAAUGACGUCACACGGGUUCCCUGUUGCAAAAAGAGACUGGUUGCAAUAGCAAACAUGUUGUGUUGUGCGGCAGGAUGCCAAAUGUCAAAAGAUC